CCUCCAGUCCCGUUCCUUCUCUGGGGUGGGGGCAGAAUGCCACCCUCCGCCCAGCAGGCCAGUUAACACCCCUUCGCCCAGGCAGCGGGUGCCCUGUCUUCCCCAGCCGGACCGGAGGCAUGAAGCCCAUUCGUUCAGCGGCUUGGAGGCGGCGAUGGGCAAUGGGCGGCUUACGGGAGGGCCCGCUGGGUGGCGGGAGGCACCUUCCUCCAGAACGCCGCCGGGGGAGGCUCUAAGAAGCUGAUGGAGCCCCCCAGCCCCGCUUUGCCCCCUGCCUCCACCACCUGAUGGAAAUCUCACCAUGUUCAUCUCCAGCCUCUUGGAUUUUCAGAAGACUCGCUAUGCCAGGUUUAUGAAUCAGAGGGUCCCACCCAACCGAAGGUACCAACCAACGGAGUACGAACAUGCAGCCAACUGUGCCACCCACGCGUUCUGGAUUGUUCCAAGCAUCCUAGGUAGUUCAGUUCUCCACAUCCUGUCCGACAAUCAGUGGAAGACAAUUUCCGCAUGGAUCUAUGGCUUUGGCUUAUCAGGACUCUUCAUCGUGUCCACCACUUUUCACACAAUCUCUUGGAAGAAACGGCACUUAAGGACUGUAGAACACUGCCUACACAUGUUCGACAGAAUGGUAAUUUAUUUCUUCAUUGCAGCUUCCUACGCUCCUUGGCUCAACCUGCGGGAGUUGGGUCCCUGGGCAUCCCACAUGCGCUGGAUCAUCUGGAUCAUGGCCUCGGUUGGGACUGUCUACGUCUUCUUUUUCCAUGAGCGGUACAAGCUGGUGGAACUCCUUUGUUACCUGGUAAUGGGCUUUUUCCCUGCUGUGGUCAUUCUCUCCAUGGUAAGUGACCCAAUGGAAGUGCAGAGUGGGACAAUGUCCAUAGAAGUGUCUCCCUCCUGGAAGAAUCAGAAGCUACCUGAUUUUCAUGGAUAUUGGGGCGUCUUCUACCAACCCACUGACUCCCUCCUCUGCUUAUCCUGGUUAUUGCAGCCCAACACUGAAGGUCUGGUGGAGCUGGUGGCUGGUGGCAUUUUCUACUGCUUGGGUACAAUCUUCUUCAAAAGCGAUGGACGCAUCCCCUUUGCCCACGCCAUCUGGCACCUCUUUGUAGCUUUUGGAGCUGGUACUCAUUAUUAUGCUAUUUGGCGGUACCUCUAUCGGCCAGAUGCUGUGGAGUCUAAAAUCUCCAGAUAGACAGUUGCCUUCAGGAUACAAAGAUGAAGGGAUCAGGGAAAGGAGAUCCUCCCUUCCCUCUUUUUGUCUCUUCUGAAAGGUUGAUCUUGCUCUUCCAUGUUCUUCAGGACUUCCAAGGGGAGAUGGUAGUGGUUUUUAGAAUGGACUCCUUCCCCAGUCUUGCCAAGGACCAAAACCCUGAAGGUGCAGAAGAACUGUGACCAUGCUUAUUGUUUUUCGAUGAAGGUUUUGUUACACCAUGGACAGUUAAUGGGUCUUAGCGAAAAGGAAAGUUGGGAAACAACCACUUUUCCAAAAAAGUUGGAAACAUCUGGUAAGUCUCAAGAGCCCAAGAACUCAACUGAGAAGCAAGAAAUGAUGCAAGAGGUUAGUAGGAGAGACAUUGUAAUAUUAGCUAACAGAGGGUCCAUCUGUUCAAGGGUUGUGUUCCCAUUCUCCCUCCUACCACAAGAGAAGUGAUCUGCUGGCCUUCUACUCUACCUCUCAUGACACAGUUAUCUGUUCCUCUCUAAGCAAUUGCAAACAGAUUGUGGAAGGACAACGGUCAUGGUCUUGCUAUCUGCCAUUGGUUUAGCUUCUGUGAGGUCACAGAUGGUACCGUCAAAGAGCCUUUAGAGAUUGCUAAAACGGACGCUGUCUGGAUCUCAUGGACUUUUGCAGGAACCCCACGGUGGUGUCCUUGGGCAACGUCCAAGCAUUUUGAAGGAACGACGACGGUGUUCCAUUGCUGCUUACGACAAAUAGCAUCUGGAUUAGAUCUGAAGAUUUAGGGAUGAAUAAUACCUAGACUGUGAAAUAGUCCUUGGUUGGUUUCUACAGCUUCCUGACACGUGAUGCAAGCAGAGGAUGAGCUGAUAGAUACGUUUUUCAGCUUUGCCAUGGAGGAUGACAAGCGAGAAUUAAGACACGACAGUGCUGGUCCCAAAAAAUCCCACCCAAGCAGAUGCAAAUCGAUUGCCUCUGUGAGAGUGGGACCUUCAUUUUUAUUUCAGUCCCCUCUCUCCUGCCAAACUCUUCCCUUCGUACUCUUCAGGCUGGCAAUGCAAAACUCUAGGGGGAAUUUCAGCUCAGAGAUACAGUACUUGCUUUGCGUGUAAAAAAAAGUCCAGGCGUAAUUCCCAGGAUUUCCAGCAAAAAGAAGAAUGCGACCAAAGGUAAGAGCAGGAGACUGCCUGAGAUUCUGGACUGUGAAGAAGUUCCUGGACCUUGGCUGCCGUUUCUCCGAAAGACCCCAAAGCAGAGCUUAUUUUGUACAAA